UUUUUUUUUUUUUUCCUUUUUCAUUACCAAUACUCUUUUAAUUAAUCAACAUGGUUGCUCAAGUUCAAAAGCAAGCUCCUGCCUUCACUGCUCCUGCUGUUGUCGAUGGUGACUUCAAGGAUAUCUCAUUGUCUGACUACAAGGGUAAGUACGUUGUUUUGUUCUGGUACCCCAUGGACUUCACCUUUGUGUGCCCUACUGAAAUCUUGGCUUUCUCUGAACGCGUCAAGGAAUUCGAAGCUUUGGACUGUGCUGUGAUUGGUGCUUCUUGCGAUAGUGAAUUCUCUCAUUUGGCUUGGAUCAACACUCCCCGUAAGCAAGGUGGUCUUGGCGAAAUGAACAUUCCCUUGUUGGCUGAUAAGACCAAGUCUAUUGCUCGUGACUAUGGUGUUCUUUUGGAAGAUGCUGGUGUCACUCUUCGCGGUCUUUUCAUCAUCGAUCCUAACGGUGUUGUUCGUCAAAUCACCAUCAACGAUUUGCCUGUCGGUCGCUCUGUUGAUGAAGUCCUUCGUCUCGUUGAAGCCUUCAAGUUCACUGAUGAACACGGUGAAGUUUGCCCUGCUGGUUGGAACAAGGGUGAUAAGACUAUCAAGCCCAAUGUCAAGGAUUCCAAGGAAUACUUCAGUGCUGCCAACUAGAUAGUUUCUUUUAAGUUUUUUUUUCAUUAUACAUAUAUAUAUAUGACUUUUAUUGACGUACACUCCCCACUUCUUUUAUGGUUGUAAAUAAAAAAAAAAGACAAUAAAAAUUUUAGUACAUUUUUUUAUAUA